GUAGAGACGUAGAGGCUCGCGCAAGAGAUACAAUACGUGCGCGCUCCCGCCUCCAGGAGCUUUGCACGCGCGUCGGUUUGUAGGCUGCAGCAUGGCGCCGGGGGCAACAGUGUGUGAUCCUACUGCCGGUCUAGUUCUCGCGUUCGGUCUGUCACAUUAAACCACUCGCUACACCAAAGCCCUCAAAGCACCGAGGCCGCUGAGAAUGGAGGACGUGAAGUUACAGUUUCCUUCUCUGCCCCUGUGCAAGGAAGAAGCUGAGGACUGGACCUAUCCAAUGAGAAGGGAAAUGCAGCUCUCCGUACUUCAGAAAUGUGGCAUAACUCAUGUCAUCUGCAUCAGACAAAACAUUGAAGCCAAUUUUAUUAAACCAAACUUUCAGCAGUUAUUUAGGUACUUAGUGCUGGACAUUGCAGAUAAUCCAGUUGAAAACAUAAUUCGCUUUUUCCUAACGUCCAAGGAAUUUAUUGAUGGAUGUUUACAAACUGGAGGAAAGGUCCUUAUCCACGGCAAUGCAGGGAUCUCUAGAAGCGCUGCCUUAGUAAUUGCUUAUAUUAUGGAGACAUUUGGAAUAAAAUACAGGGAUGCCUUUACAUAUGUCCAGGAGAGAAGAUUCUGUAUUAAUCCCAACGCUGGAUUUGUUCACCAGCUUCAGGAAUAUGAAGCCAUCUAUCUAGCAAAAUUAACCAUCAAAAUGAUGUCUCCUCUGCAGCUGGGAAGGCCGUUAUGUAUUCAGUCUGGUGCUACUGGCAGUCUCAAACGGACACUUGAUGAUGAAGAUGAACUUGGAAACAUGCAGGUGUCUGCAGCCCAUGAGGGAUAAUAGAUGGUUAGUAUUGCAGUAGCCCGAAAUGGAUUCAAAAAGCCUGGAGCUCACCACAUACACAUUUGCCCAGUCGUCUUCUUGCCCAGGUGCUGCUUUUGGAGUUUCUCGACUAUAUCGGGGCUUUGUUAAUGGAUGCGUGAUUGGCACUGAUCAUUUUACUACGUUUUACACAGCUGUUUUACUAAAUCCCAAAAUAUUUUCCGACUUGAGAAGAGGUAAUAUUGCAAUAAUGCACUUUUUUCAUACUUGAAGCUUUUUUUUUUUUUUUUUCCUUUAUUUGUAAGAUAACGUGGUCACAUGAAACACAAUGCAAAUGACAGGAGAAAAGAGGACUGUUUCUAUUAAAAGUUAUUUAAUUUAUAAGAAACGUCUUUAGUAAUGAACUGUUUGCUAAACUUUUGUGUUUUGUAAAUACAUUUUAUAGGUUUAGAAGUUCUGUGGAUUUUUAACAAAUAAUUCUAUACUAAGACUUACUUGUUAUGCAAUUUAUAUUGUGGCUUAGGCCGGAAGAUUUCUUGUUUCUUCAUAUUAAAUUGAACUGUUGUUUUUCAAAUAAACAGACUGAAAAGAAA